AUGAGUGAUAAUGCGGAUAUGAUGGAAGCGGUUCCAAUGGAUGAAUCGUCGAAUAAGAUUCAUCAGCAGAAAGAGGAUGAUGAACAUCACCAUCAAUGUAUUGAAGAAUUACGUACGAUAUUUCUUCGGGUUCAUCAAUGCCAACAAGAACCGGAUAAACACAAAGAUGAACUGGCUCAACUUCAUACACGUGGAAUGCAUUUAUGUAAUAAGCUUCGUUCAUUAAAUAGAAAUGGCCGUAUGCGUAUACAAAAAGCUCGUGAAUUGACGAUCGAGCAUCGCAAUCGUCUCGAUGAUCAAACACUUGAACAACAAAAUCUUCUCUACGAACUUUCUCAUAUUAACAAAGAAAUUGCACGUUGUGAAGAAUUCAAAUCGAAGGAUGAAGUAUUAGAACUGGUCAGUCUGGAAGAUUUCUAUGCCAAUGCACCACCUGAGCUUACUGAUUCAACAGUCACAGCCAGUGAUCCUCAUCGACUUCAUCUAUUUCAACUCGAUUGGGAAUUGAUGCAAAGGGAAAAAUUGCACGAUGACUGCAAAGCAUUACAAACAGAAAUAGGCGAUCUUAAAAAGCAGAUAGUUCGUCGACGAAAACGACUUCGUUCAUUACGACCUAAACUAAAACAAGUUGUUAAAUCUACCGAUCCUGUUCGUCGUUAUAUCGAAUCUCAAUUCGAUGAUACAAACAAUCUUUCACAGUCCAUCAAUAAUCCUCUAAUAGCAAAGCUACCAGACUCGCUCUAUGUACUAUAUAGUCUUAUUUUGGCUUAUCAGCAAUGUGACGGUCGUCACGUAACAUGUCAAAUUGAAUCGAAAGAAGAUUCGUCAACGUCAAAUUCCUCUCUUGAGAUCAACGUCGACGGUGUUUUAAUCAAUGGUGAUCAUCAAUCUCUAAUGCGAGCACAUCCGUUGCAUGUGAAAGUCAACCUAAUGCUUUCUCCUGAUCAUACAGGGGAAUUAUUAUUCACGUUUUUACCGCAAUUGAACAUUGUUACUGCUGAUGCAAAACUAUCGGGACUACGCGCGCAACAAAGUCAAACAUUGACGUCCAAUUUGCUUCAUAAUUUACUCGAUGAUAAUGACAAUGGGCAAUUAUCACCCAAUCCAACAACAGACUUUCUUUUCCAACAAUGCGGAAAACCUGCGCCUAACUUUUCGGAAUUGCACGUUGGCUAUCCAUAUCAUUGGAUUCAGCAGUUAUGCAAAUGUCAAAUAGUUCCAUUACAACGGCAAGAACUAGUUGUUGAUUGUUCAGAGAUCAUCAAACGUUUAACUCAACGUAUGCGAGCACGAAUUGCACUCGAUCGUAUAUUAGUCAAUUUGGAAAAAUGUGACAUGCCAUUACUAGCUGAUGGAAAUGAAACCACAAAUAUUCUUAAUUCCACAGCACGUCGGUCGAUAACGACUCUACCAAUCUUUCGCUCUUUUCGUGAAAUAUCAUUUGAUGACGUGAAUAAACAUGAUUUCAUUCGAGUAAUUAUCAGUGAAAAUCUUGUCAAUCGUACAACAACAUCGAUUUAUGAAUGUAAAUUUCACUCAUUGGCACAAGAUGAAAGCAGCCGAAGCGUGCUUUAUGCAUACAUCUUCAUCCCCGCAAACUAUCCUCAAGCACGAUCGAUUAUCCUACUCAAACUAGUUUCACCGGUUAAUGGGAACAAAACCAUCGAGAAGACCAGACUCAAUAAUGAGAAUAUCAAAACUUUCGAACGAUCAUUAAUGUUUGAUGUUGUCUAUACAUCAACUACAACAACCAGUGGAAGUGGAUUACUUGAUCCAUCUCAGCACUUUACAUUACUUGCUCAACAAAUCUGGCGUUUAGCAAUUGGUUUUUCUUCCUUACUCGACGCAGAAUCCAAUCCAGUUUGCACAGGUCGUCGUCGUCAAACGUUAUUAGCUCGAUUAGUCGAUUAA